UGCAAGUGGGGGAAACAAACUCCAGGUGAAGGCAGCUGUACUUGUUGUAUGUCAGUAGAGACUUGAAAGAGGACAUAGCAGUUUGCAGAUCAGAACAUCAUGAAUAAGUUUAACAAAACUUUGUGCAUUGCUGGUGCCAUACUUCUAAACAUAGCAGGCUCUCUCUGUCAGUUGGAUGUUUGUGGCCAAGCUCCCUUCAACAACAAGAUUGUUGGAGGGCAGGAUGCGGCUGAAGGAUCUUGGCCCUGGCAAGUCAGCAUUCAAAGUACCACCUUUGGAGGCCAUUUCUGCGGUGGGAGCCUAAUCAAUAAAGAUUGGGUUUUGUCUGCAGCUCACUGCUUUCAGAGUGUCUCCAAGUCUACCAUUACAAUCUACUUGGGACGUCAGAGAAAAUCAGACUCAAAUCCAAAUGAAAUGUCUAUGAGUGUGAGUAACAUUAUCAUCCAUCCAAACUAUGACAGUCCCAAAGAUAACAACGACAUAGCACUGGUCCAGCUCUCCUCUUCUGCGACAUUCUCUGCUUAUAUUAAUCCAGUCUGCCUGGCUGCUGCUGGUAGUAUACUGGCUCCAGGUACUUCUAUCUGGGUCACUGGAUGGGGCAGUCUCCGAUCUGGAGACUCCCAGCUACCCGAUAUACUGCAGGAGGUGAAAAUACCAAUUGUGAGCAACAGUGACUGUAACAAUGCCUAUGGUGGUGCCAUCACAAACAAUAUGAUUUGUGCUGGACUGUUAAAUCAGGGAGGGAAAGACUCAUGUCAGGGAGACUCUGGAGGUCCAAUGGUCUAUAAAAACAGCUCUCUGUGGAUUCAGUCUGGCAUAGUGAGUUUUGGUAUAGGAUGUGCUGAUCCCAAUUAUCCUGGUGUGUAUGCGAGAGUGUCUCAGUUCCAGGACUGGAUCAACUCUCAUAUAACUAGCAACCAGCCGGGAUUUAUCGAAUUCAUCUCCAGUGGAUCCAGCAGAGGCUCACCCAACCUGCUUUCUCUCAUAUUCUCUAUCAUCCCUUUAAUAUUCUCCCUCUAUGUCUUUUCUUAAAGAUUAGCAUAUUUGAAUAUUAAUUAUCAGAGACCUUUGAUAAAAAAGGACAAUUGUGCUGUACACACCCUUAUAAACAGGAUAUAAAAAAGCAUAUAUAUUUGUCAUGUGUAUUUUUAAAUGUAACAUUCUUCAAAAAGGCAAUGUUUUUAUUUAGGCAUGUUGAUUCAUUUUAGGCUAUUCAUAUCAAUAUAUUUAAAUGAAAAGAGCUUACAAUAAUAGAGUUAUGAUAUUUUGGACUGGACUGGCAUGGAAAAGAUUCAGCAGGGUCAUUAUUCCAUCUCAGGGACUAACCAUCUGUAGCUAAAGCUCAACUGCUGGUGCUCUGCAAUGUAUUUAGACAUAUUAUUUAUUGAAAAUGUACUCGCCUUUAAUCUCUUUGAAAAAAUGUAUAAAUACAUAAGAAGGAAUUUGCUUGGAGAAUGUUGCUUUCUUUUCUGUAAAGCUGCAUUGAUACAAUGUGUGUUGUGAAAACUAUACAAAUCUGUAAAAUCUGCAUUCAAGCAUUUAAAUGAUGUUGAGUGGAACUUAUAGCCAUGGGAGCCUUCUCAAUUAUUGUGUGCCUAACAGCCUAUUUUUCACAUAAAGCUACAAGGGCAUUUCCAUAAAUAAACUAACCAGACAUCUUAAAUAUUACGCCAGGUAAGGACCCGCUCUGACAUUAACAUUUUUUCUUUGAAUUUAAAGGGUCAUAUUUGCUUUAUACCCUGUAUAGUUUGUUCAUGGUUUUCCAGGAAGAUGUCAUGUCAUGCAACCUGUAAGUGCCCUACAUAAGGUAUGAUUAACGAGGGAUGCCCUAGAGGUGCAGCCCAUUCCAUACAGGGGACUAGUGUCAUCUAGUGGCAGCAUUAGGGGCGUAGCAAGGUAUUUUGGCCCCCCUGACUCUAUAUUGCUCUGGGCCCCUGUGGCAGGUUGGAUGGUGGGGCCGGGUCGUGAUUCCGCACACACGUCCCCUAAUUAGGCUAAUUAGCCCUUCGAGAAUGAUAAAGGCCAAACGAAGACGGCAGUGCGACAGAGAGAGAGGUUUACAGACAGCUGUCCGACACCUUUGUGUGUUUGUUUGUCUUUUUGGUUCAGUUUUACAUUAAACUAUUAUUUAUAUUGUCAAGCCGGUUCUCGGCUCCUUCUUUCCAUAAACCCCCUUUACAGCCCCUUUCCUAUUAAAACAUGCUGUUUAGAAUUUGUUGUGGGGCCCCCUUGGACAUAUCGUUACCACCUUUCAACCCACUAGCUACCCAUCCACUGUCAGAUCCUUCCCAAUGAUUUAUAUCACAUCAUCAGUCAUGUCACACACACACACACACACACACACACA